UUCGUUUGCUUCCCCACACGUGUGUUCGGUGGGAGGUGUGUACAGAAGAAGAAUGAACAUGAUAUUUUUUCAUGAUUUCUAAACCAGUGUCACAGGGAGAAAGAAAAUGGCAAGUCCAUACACGGACUCGUCAUCAGAUGGCGAGUUCAAUAAUGAGAAUGCUGAAGAUCUGUCGUACGGAAAUCUGACGUCGUUACCAGAUUUUCUAUUUGAGAAAGCUAAAGAUAUAAGAGCAUUGAGACUUAACCAGAAUGAAAUCAACAUCUUACCUCGAACUAUUAAACAGUUUUCUAAUCUGAUCACCCUGGAUUUGAGUAACAAUAAUCUUAGUUACUUGAGUGAUGAGAUAGUACAAUUGCGACACCUCAGGACAUUUAUUGCCAAAAACAACCGCAUAAAAUCAGGAAACAUUCCAAAAGACUUUGGUCGAAUCUCUAGUCUAGAAGUGUUGAACUGCAGUGGGAACGAAAUGAAGGAAUUUCCUCUUCAGUUUACAGAACUAUUUCGUCUGCGGAAUCUUCAUUUAGGAGGAAACAGUAUUACGGAUGUGCCAAAUAGCAUUAAAAAUCUUACAAGAUUGGAAGUGUUGUACCUAGGAGGGAACAAGCUAACAGAUAUACCGGCUGAGGUGGGAGACCUAUGUAGUCUUACCUCCUUAACACUGUGUGAUAAUCAGCUGCAAAGUCUUCCACCGACCAUGAUCAAUCUAGGUCGCCUUCAGUCUCUAAGUCUCCAUAACAACAACCUCUCCACACUGCCUCAGGAAAUUGUGUCUUUGAACUUGGUAGAGCUGAGUCUGCGAAACAAUCCCUUGGUGGUAAAGUUUGUACAGGACAUGGAAGAUUCUCCACCAUCCCUGAUCGAAUUGUCAGGCCGGGUGGUAAAGAUUGAAAAAAUUCAGUAUAGUGAAGGUGAUCUUCCUCAUGAUCUCAUCAAAUAUCUACAGUCAGCACGCAGGUGUGUCAACACUCGGUGUAAAGGUGUGUACUUCUCUUCCUGUGUAGAACACGUAAAGUUCGUGGACUUCUGUGGUAAAUACCGCCUUCCUUUACUGCAGUAUCUGUGUUCUCCAAGAUGUUGUGAUGGACCUGCUAUGUAUCCCAACAACAGUGAAUCUGAUACGGACGAUGAGGACGCAGCUCGUGCAAGGCUGCGUCGGGUUCUCCUCGGCUGAAACAGCUGACAGAUUUACCUGUAAAUAAUGUACAUUAUUUUAUUUGUUAAAACUUCAUUAUUUGUUGUGCAAAGAUACAGUUGGUAUGACGACCUUGACAUCUUCUCUUCAUAUUGAACGUUUUUAUCUUCAGUCAAGAUGAUAUUGGACCGACUUUUUAUAAAUUUUUCGUUUUUAUUAUGAAUAUUAACUUUAAUAGUACAUUAAAGUUAAGGGUUAAUAUCAUUCACAACAUACAUGUUUUACUUUGUGUACACCACAUUUAUUGUGAUGGUAAAAAGAAAUGUCGGAUUUAUCACAGUGAAAACUUUUUUGCAUACCAGUUCACUUGUAGACUGAAUUACCGUCUGUAUAGACUGACCAUUUCAAUUGUAUGGCAACUGAUGAAAAAAAAAAUAUAUAUACAUGUAUGUCUUUUCUUUUUGGGUGAAGACAUUUUUUUUUAUUGCCAAAAUUACUGACUCUGAAUUUUUACAAGUUUUUUUUAAACAAAGACAGUAAAGUCAUGAUUUCUUUGGAUAACAAUGUAAAACCUGUUGUAAAAAUUAAUAAAUGCCUACCGCCUUUAAGCAUUCUCGUGAGCCAGGGUUGUUCAGUAUGGUUCUCUUAUUUCCAAAGAUCAUAAGUCACCUAUCAUAACCUCUGGAAUAUCAGGGAUGUAAUUGACCAACAUUAUUGUUCUCUAAGAUUCGAAAUGCAGGCAUUUUCAGUUAUCUGUAACAGCAUUGUUUGGCAACUCUGAACAUGAAUCUACUAUGGAUGAUUAAAGUGGUGUUAGAAUUAGGUGCUAAGUGCUUUUCAUGUUUUAGUUAUUAGGCCACAGUUGUUCAAAGCUUGGUUAGAAUUAAGUUAUGGUAAGCAAAUUUGAAAAUAAGUUAAAUUAUCAACACUGAAAAAAGACAGACUUUUAAAGCAAAAUUAUCACUCAGGAUAUCAAGCCUUCAGCUGUGAAAUUGUAAAGUACUAAUUUUGUUUAAUUCAUGGUGGAAAAUUUUCACUUAACACAUACUGGUUCACCUCAACCAAGCUUUGAACAACUGGAGCCUGCUUUUCUUAAGGCAUUCUCUUGUAUAUUGUUAUGUUUUGUUAUUAUGACUCUGAAGAAAGCAGUCUAAUUUUUUGUGCUUUUUCAGAGAAAUGUUUGGAUAAGGUGCUGGACAUAUGUUGAUGGUGUUACUUUAAUCAUUUUCAUAUCUUGACUUUUGUUAUAACCUCAUCAGUCUUUGCUCUUUGUUGAUUUUUGGAUAGAUUCAUCAAUACAAAAUCCCUGUUUUUUUUUUUUUUUUUGUUUUUUUUUAAUAUCUUAGUGAUAAUGAUAUGUUUGGUGUUUGUUAUUCUGAAGUUGAAAUUCAUCUUUAAAGGGAGAUAACUAUAUACAGGUAAGGAUAAUUGAAUCAGUUGUAAUAACAAUAUAUGAUGAACUAUUGUGAAUAUGGAUGGGUAAUAAUAUCACAUUAGUCAAUAUAUUCUCAUAUUUGCCUAGUGAUGAUAUAUUGCAAUAUGAUACUACAAUUUUCAAUAUCACAGUAUAUUGCAGCUAAUUUCUACAACUGUUUGAGGGAUUUUACCAAUGAUUUUGUAGAGAAGUCUUAAUUCAAACCCUGUUUCAACUUGUUUGAUGUUUUCUUAAACCUGUGUGGUGUUACAUAAUUCAAAAUGAUCUAGUUUGCAGUACAUCAGUGCAUGAAAUUAAGAUAUAGCUCUUUUAGAUACAGUAAACAUUUGCUACGAAAAUCUUUCAGAUAUAAAAUGUAUUGAAACACAAUGUAUCGUAAUAUAUAGCAUUAUUCCUUUGAAUAUUGCUAAAUAUACUGUGAUAUGAAAACUGUUGGCCAAACCUACCCUUAAUUAUGAAACAGUCCCAACUUCUUCUGACAUUUGUGUAAUGUGAGGUGUUGAUCAAGAUAAACAUCUGGUUUUUGAUUAGUGUAUAUAAAGAUGUAAAUAAAUGUUUGGUUCCUAUUGGUCCAAUCAGAAUUCCAAUUUUAUCAAAUGAUGAAAAAACAAAAUCUUUAUAAAUUGUUGCCUUUUAAGUUGUUUCACAAGUGUUUCCAUACUUGUAGGAAAAAGCGAAGGAUGGGGCGAUGACCACCUCAAUGGUUUUUUCCUUUGACUUGUAAUUGAAUCAGACCUAAUGCCCAUACAUGUAUACUGUAAGUGCCUCCUCCACCUCUAGCUCCCCUGUUAACUAGUCAUCAUUUAUAAUUGUCAAGUGAAACCGGAAUAUUUUGUUUGGAUUACUUUUCUAGAAAUACUGAAUUUUCUAUGUUUUACUUUGCUCAUAACAUGUAACUAAGACAAAUAUUUAUAAUGAAUAUUUAAAACCGUAGUGAUAAGAUCAGCUGAUUUCUUGUUAUAAAUACUUGUCUGAUUUAGGGCUAGUGAAGUGAUGGAAGACAUUUAUUGUAUUAUAAACUUCUAAAAAUACUGAAUUUUCUAUGUUUUACUUUGCUCAAGAUAACAUGUAACUAAGACAAAUAUUUAUAAUGAAUAUUUGAAACCGUAGUGAUUAGAUCAGCUGACCACUUGUUAUAAAUACUUGUCUGAUUUAGGGCUAGUGAAGUGAUGGAAGACAUUUAUUGUAUUAUAAACACUGAAAUUUACACAUUUGGGAUUAUGUAAAGUAUGUUGAUGUUAAUUGUCCUGUGUAAUAGUUAUCCAUAUAUGUAAAAUGAAAAUGACUUUGGGUCAUUAACAUGAAUAGUAUUGAAAAUGGCAGUUAAGAAACAAUAGUAGAAAGGUAUAGUGUUUACAAAAAUAUACCCAUUGAUAAAAUUUUUUACCAAAAGAAAAAGUAAAAUAAAGAUUUUAUUAAGGAUAUUACAUUAGAUUUGCAAGUGUUGUAAAAUAUAUUGCAUCCUUGAUACUGGGAAAGUGAUGGUAACCUCUGGGGUAUUGAGGAUAAACAUCUAGUGACUUGGUGAAUCAAUCUGAUUUUUAUGUAUUGUAGUUUUACUUAACUUUUAUUCAAAACAGCAUUACUUUCAAUACUGCCACCAAGGGUAAGUUACAAUUUGUCAACCUGUGUGCUGUGUCAUCCAAUAAUUAUCAAUUAUUAUUGACACAAAAGAGUUCCAUUUUUUGCUUGUUUGAGUUGAAGUCUUUAGGAAAUGAGACAGGUAGCAUACAGCUUUAACAGGCCAAAAGAGGAAGAAAACUUCAAUUUCUUUCAUUAGUUUUGAAAGUGAUAUUUUUAGCGUACUUGUUCUGUAAUGGUGGGUAUAACCAGAAGGGCAUUGUACAUUAAGUACAUGUUUGUAUGUACUUGUGGUAUAAAGUUGUAAAUUUACACAAAUGUAUACCACAUAAUUGUUAUUGAAUGUAUUUGACUGAAAACAUUAAAUUUUUAAUCAGCUUUU